AUGGCAAUAACGGUCGGGCUUAUUGUUUUAUGCGGUUUGAAAUGGGGGGCUCAACAGGCCUGGUCAUGGGAGACAGGAGGCCGAGCGAGUGAUGGGAGGGGCAAUAAUCGCCUCCUUUAUAUUAACAGGGGUUUUGAUACACGUGAGAAUGGGAAGAAGAACAAGAGAGUGAAGGAAGAAGAGAGGAAGCAGUGCAAGAGGAAGAGGAGCGAGGGAAGAAAGGAGGAUGAGGAGGAGGAGAAGAAGAAGAAGAAGAAGAAGAAGAAGAAGAAGAAGAAAAAGACGAGAAGAUGA